ACAACAUUUCCCUUUCCUCUGAUUUACACCCCACACACACACUCUCUCUCCCUCCCUCAUUUUCUCUCUCUCAUACACACACUUACAUAUCCCACAAACCGACACCCUUCUUAUCUCCCUCUCAAUAUCCCUCGCUGGGAGCUUACCUUCAGAUGCCGCAACACCUUCAACCUCCAUUGCGAUUUCUCCUUUUUAAAACCUUGGACUUGUCACAAUUUUCCUUUUAAUAUUUCUCGAUCUAUUGCUGGAGAUCGACCCACACUUCACUAAUGCACCUUUAACUUAACCAUUUUUCCACCGCCUGGAGCAACAUUCUUGUUGAAUCUCCCAGCAAAUUUUGUCCCAUUCUCAUUUAGAUUCGCAAUUCACCUCUGCCUUUAAUCACAAGCCCCUAAUUUUGGUGCCAUUGUAAGAGAUUGGAUUUUUAGGGAUCACGAAAUUGUGCGUAGACCAAGUGGUCAGACAAACUGCAGUUGUUUGAGUUAGUUAGUGUGAGGGAGAGAUAGAUACAUAGAGAGAGAGAGAGAGAGAGUGUGUGUGUGUGAUAGUGUGUAUGAGGCAAUUGGGAUGUGCAGAUUAAAGGAUUGCGAGGAGAGCAACCGAAGGAGAAAGUGGGGGAUAAUGGGGCUCAAAACGGCGGCGUUCGGGGGCGACAGAUUGGAGAAGCUGAGGAAUAGCGGCGUCGUAUCGCGAUCGAGAAUGAAGCUUUGGAUAAUUAGAGCGACUACGUCGAUUUUGCUGUGGACUUGCUUAGUUCAGUUGACGGCAUUGAGCGAAACUCGGGGGCUUCGUGUUUUAAAGGGCUGGCCCUCUUGCUUCUCGCAAGAAUCAGCCGCCGUCGCCUUGGAUGUUCACUCGCAUCUUGCGAGAGUUUUGCCCCCAAAGAGGGUUUACAAGAACAACGGUUACUUGAUGGUUUCGUGCAAUGGAGGGCUUAAUCAAAUGCGGGCUGCGAUAUGCGACAUGGUUGCCAUUGCAAGACAUCUAAAUGUUACACUGGUAGUUCCUGAACUUGACAAGACUUCAUUUUGGAAUGAUCCUAGUGAGUUCCAAGACAUAUUUGAUGUUGAUCAUUUCAUUACAUCCUUGAGAGAUGAAGUUCGGAUACUCAAGGAGCUGCCUCCGAGGGUCAAAAGGAGAGUAGAGCUAGGGAUCAUCUAUACCAUGCCCCCUGUUAGUUGGUCAGAUAUUUCGUACUAUCACAAUCAGAUUCUUCCACUGAUCCAGAAAUAUAAAGUUGUCCAUUUGAACAGAACAGAUGCUCGGCUCGCCAAUAAUGAUCAGCCCAUGGACAUUCAGAGGCUCCGUUGCCGAGUUAAUUUUAAUGCUUUAAGGUUUACUCCUCAGAUAGAAGAACUGGGCAGAAAAGUGAUUAAAAUACUUAGGCAAAAUGGUCCAUUCAUUGUGCUUCAUCUGAGAUACGAGAUGGACAUGCUAGCCUUCUCUGGUUGUACGCAGGGUUGUGGUGCAGAUGAGGUGGAGGAACUAACACAAAUGAGAUAUGCCUAUCCGUGGUGGAAAGAGAAGGUUAUAGAUUCUGAUAUGAAAAGGAAAGAGGGUCUAUGUCCUUUGACACCAGAGGAAACUGCACUCACAUUACGGGCACUGGACAUAGAUCGCAAUAUCCAGAUUUACAUAGCUGCUGGGGAGAUCUAUAGAGGAGAAAGAAGACUAUCUAGUCUUAGAGCAUCGUAUCCAAACCUGGUGAGGAAGGAAACAUUGUUGGAGUCUUCAGACCUUAGGUAUUUCCAGAAUCACUCGUCUCAGAUGGCGGCUCUUGAUUAUCUUGUUUCACUGGAGAGUGAUAUCUUUGUUCCCACAUAUGAUGGAAAUAUGGCUAAAGUUGUUGAAGGACAUCGGAGACAUCUUGGGUACAAGAAGACUGUUUUACUGGACAGAAGGCUGCUGGUCGAAUUGAUAGACAAGUACAAUUCGGGGUCACUGAAUUGGGAUGAGUUCUCUAGUGCUGUUAAAGAUGCUCAUGCUGAACGCAUGGGAAACCCAACCAAGAGAGUGGUGAUUCCUGAUCGACCUAAAGAAGAGGAUUAUUUCUACGCCAACCCCUGGGAGUGUUUGCAAACGCAGAAAGAAGACGAACCACAACAACUGAGUAGUAUUUGAACCUCGAUAUGCAUCCCCUACGGAUGAGCAGCCGGGAGCGGAGCAGAGCAGAUAUCGACCUCAGGAAGGCGGGUUUUGAUUGAUUGGCAGGCACUUCUUGAAGCUUUUGGUAAGUAAUGCAACUAACUUACAGAGAAGGUGCAAAAGAGGGUUAUUGCAAGUGCUUGAUGAAGUUGUUCUUUUUAUCCAAGUCAAUAAUUACAAUUCUUGUAUAGAGAAAAAUCUACCCUGUCAUUUAAAGGGGGUUUAUAUCAACUCCUCUGCAUUUGUACACAAAGAGAAGCAAAUAUAGAUUUUAUUUACUGCCAAA